GCACUCUCUCUUUCUCUGUUUUUUUUUAAAUUUCUCUCUCUAAAUAAAUUUGAUGUUGUCCGUGAUUGUCACUGUUACUUUGCAUGUGAUAGAAAGAAGAAGAUGGAGCAGCAGCUUCUACAUUUUUGCGAUUCAAAGCAUCCCUUGGUCUCCGCUCUCUUCAGAGGAUUCACUUGUUGUGGGUGCCAAGAAUCAAUUGACGGUCCUGGCUACUGGUGUAGAAGAGCUGGAUGCCCGGUCUACGGCAAAGUUCUUCAUAAAUCAUGUGCGGAAUUACCCCUUGGGUUGCACCAUCCGUUGCACCCAAUCCAUCCUCUUAUUCUCUCUCCCGAACAGAUAGAUUAUGGCAAAGACAUUCAAUUUAGCAAUUGCAAACUCUGCAACGAAUCUCGCAACCAAUACACUUAUCGGUGUUCCCGCUGCGACUUCAACCUUCACAUUACAUGCGCUUCUGUACUGCCCACUUUGGAAGCUGAAGCUGAAUUGCACGACCACCCAUUGAUCCCCAUUUGGAAGUGGAUCACCUUCACUUGCGACCUUUGUGGCAAAGAAGACAAAGAGUCAAAGUUGUGCGUCACAAGCACCUCCUCCACCUCACCCAUUCUUCUCUUGAAUUCCACCAACCCGACCCCCGAUUUUGCCAACUCUGUGUUCAAAAACUGGACACACGCUAUGGGCUUUACUAUUGCUCUAAAUGCGAUUUUGUUGCCCAUCUUGAUUGUGCUAUAUUCAAGGAAAACAGGGAGGAUAUAGAUUUGCAAAAAUUUGAAGAUGAGGAUGAAGUUCCAGAACUCGAUGAAUCAAUUGACUCAGUAACUUACAAAGUCAACAAAUUCAAUAUGGGGGAGGACGAAACUCAAAUAGCCAUAGAAAUCAAACACUUCAGUCACGA